UUCUACUUAUCGAAUAUAUUCUCAAUAAAAAAUUCUUCCGAUUAUCUUUCAGACCCAAUCGGGUUUGGCAGGGUGAAUCUACUGACUUUAAAGCAGAAGAAUUUGUAGAUUGUUGCAUAUACUCUUACUGUGAAUUUAACAUAUACAUGCUAUCGAUGCAACCAGAUCUCAUUAUUUAAUCGAUUCAAAUUAACGGAAUCAGUAACUUUUGGUGAAUCCAUUAGAAAUGAAGUAGCUCGAUUUAGUCGCCAGUUCCGUCGGUCGAACUGGAAGUAUACGAUUUCGUCGAGAGAAUGCACAUUUUGCGAACUGUCAAUUACUUAUUGGGGAUGAUCAACGUUUUGGACAAAUGAUUUGAAGGAACACUACCAGAAAUGGAAAAUUUUCAAUGCAAUUGCUGUUACAUUUAGUUAUAAUACCACUUGAUUCAAUUUAUAUUGAAGGUUACGAUUUUCGGGGAAUUUUCGUAAUGUUAUCUUUGUCCAUCCGAAUCCGAAAUCCCACUAUCUGUAGUCUUCAUAAUCAUCUGAGAGAUCAUGUUCUGAUUGCUGGCUCUAUUAUCAGAAGACAACACUACCAAGCAUAGAUCUUGCCUUUGCAAUUGAUGAUAAUAUAAUCACCAACACAACAGCGAGAAUCAGCCUUGAAAACGAAAUCAUUCUUCGCCGAACACACACACAUUUCGCUUCAUUUGAUUUCGGUUGUUCGUCGACUAAGCACGGUGCUGCCAUGGUACGUGAAAACGGCAAUUAUAAAGACGGUGAGGAUGAGCGUAUGCUCAACGGCAAUGGAGCGGGCGAUGCAAUUACGGAUAAAGACAAACUAGCCCAGAAGGAGGUUGAAGUGAAAUUCAUUUCCGAGCAGAAUGGUGACGCCAGGAUUGACUUGGAAGUGGAGCGUCAGCAAACCUUCUCCGGAAUGACUAAGGAAGAGCUGAUGAAAUACGCCAACGAUCCGUUCUGGAUUCGAUUGCGCUGGUUUCUGUUCAUCCUGUUCUGGGGACUCUGGGUGGCAAUGUUGGUCGGAGCCAUCUAUAUAAUUAUGGAUGCACCGAAGUGUGCCGCACCGGUUGCUCUGAAGUGGUGGCAAGAAGGACCGCUAGUUAAGAUAGACGAGCAAAACUAUAAGAACCAGGCCGAGACAGUCCAACGUUAUGGUGCAAAGGGUGUUAUUUACGAGCUACCUGCCGAUGAAACCUAUUUGGUUGACACAGCCUCGGUGGAGAACAAAAUUAAGGAACUAGUGGGAACAUUCACUGCUAAAGACAUCAAGGUCAUCCUGGACUUGACACCCAACUUUGUCACCAGAGACGAUCAGCUGUUCAAGGACGCUCUUGCUAAUCCAGGUUCUCCAUCGCGGUCUGCUUUUAUUUGGAAGGAAUCCGGAUCGAUUCCGACCAACUGGCUAGCCGUAACCGGUGGUGGUUCCGCAUGGAAGGAAGUUACUUCGCAACAGUUUGUCCUAGCGCAGUUCGGAGCCGAUCGGGUUGAUUUGCAGCUAAACGAUCCCAUUGCAAAGGAUAAGAUCAAGACCACGCUGAGACAUCUGGUCCAAUUGGGCGUCCAAGGAUUCCGUUUGGCCAACGCCAAGCACUUCAUCGUUGAUCGAGACGGAAAGAACGACGUAAACGCCGAAGUUGAAGAUAAAACUCUAUCGCAUACAGACUACGGUUUCUGGACGCACGCACAUACAACGUACCAAGAUGGAUUGGGAGCUCUGUUGUACGAAUUGAGCACGGAUGUUAAGAAUGCUACCAAUGGAGAAGGCUUCCUAUCCGUAAACGAAGACAUUACUCGCCCAGAAGUAUUUUCCGUCGAGGGUAAGCUGGGACUAGAUCUACCCGAGUUUGGAAAUGUGGAAAGUGUUCUUAGACAACCACUGGGUGCCGAAUCUGCGAAGAUCAUUAGGGAAGACAUUCAUAAAACGUUCGGCGAGAUCAACCAGUAUGCUUCCGCUGAAGGAGGCAAACCCUGGGUACAAUGGUCUUACGAUAAGAACUCUCUGGCACAAAUUCCAGCCUCAGAAUAUAACUUGUUUGUGUUCCUUCUUCCUGGUGUUCCAGUAGUUCCAUUGGAUAUUUUAAAUUAUGGAAACGGAAGCCAGACUUUAAUUGAACAUCUAGAGAAGUAUCGGGGAACGCCAUCUUAUCAACAUGGCACUUUUGCCAUUUACACUGAUACUAACGGAACUUCCGUUGGUUAUACUCGGCAAAAAUCUGGAAAUCCAGGUUAUUUCGUCGCCUUCAAUCUAGCAGAACAGCAGGUCGAGGCAGACUUCAGUCAUGUAGAGGGCAUUGCCGAUGAACUCACUGUCGUACUGAUCAGUGAGAACUAUCGUAUUCCCGACAUUGCUGCCAAGAGCAAAGUACCGUCCAAUGCAGUACCGCUUUCGGGACGUUCCGCCCUCAUUACUACCUAUGUUCCCAAGCAAGGAUAAAUAGCCAAGUUUUAUUGCUGAGAUUGACCAUCAUCACUAUUAGAAGCCCUCAACAUAAUAAGAAUUAUUGUACUCGAAUUUCAGAACUGAUGGUCGACUUUCAAACAUUAACUGUAACCAAUUAUUGGAAAAAUGUUAUUGCUUCUCGCUGAAGGCUAAGCACAAAGUGUUGAUUGAAUGUAGAAUUCAAUAAAAUAUUGUAGUAGCAUCAAUGAAAA